AACCUUAUGUGGUGGAUGGUGCUCUCCGCACAGGGGACCGUUUGUCGGGGUCGGACCCGCCGCCAAGGCCUAGCGAGGGCAGGCGCUGAUUUCUGCGUCGAUCGGCUGAAGGUUGAAGAAGAAAAGAGCCGAAAGUGGCGGCUUCACGGAGAAUGGAGUGAAGGCGGCGGCCGCUGUUUGAUGCCGGCGGAAUCCGGUGCGGCGGCGGAUUGUCGGAGCGCGGCCCCGGGGCUGAAGUGGCGGCGGUCGGAGAGCGGGAGGCGGGCGGAGGGCGGUCAGGAUGAACCUGGAGCUGUUGGAGUCCUUUGGACAGAACUAUCCAGAGGAGGCAGAUGGAACUCUGGACUGCAUUAGCAUGGCACUCACCUGCACCUUUAAUAGGUGGGGUACGCUGCUGGCUGUCGGGUGUAACGAUGGACGCAUCGUCAUUUGGGACUUCUUGACAAGGGGUAUCGCCAAGAUCAUCAGUGCGCACAUACAUCCAGUUUGCUCGCUAUGUUGGAGCAGAGAUGGGCAUAAACUAGUCAGCGCUUCCACUGACAACAUAGUGUCACUCUGGGAUGUUCUGUCUGGAGACUGUGACCAAAGGUUCCGCUUUCCUUCGCCUGUUCUCAAAGUGCAGUUCCACCCCAGAGAUCAGAACAGAGUUCUUGUCUGCCCGAUGAAGUGUGCACCAGUGUUGCUAACUCUGUCUGAUUCCAAGCACGUAGUUCUGCCUGUAGAUGACGAUUCAGAUCUUAAUGUUGUGGCAUCUUUUGACCGACGAGGAGAAUAUAUAUACACAGGGAAUGCCAAGGGAAAGAUUUUGGUGUUAAAAACUGAUACACAAGAGCUGGUGGCUUCAUUCCGAGUCACAACGGGUACCAGCAAUACCACUGCUAUAAAAUCCAUCGAAUUUGCAAGGAAAGGCAGCUGUUUCCUAAUUAACACAGCAGACAGAAUCAUUCGAGUGUAUGAUGGCAGGGAAAUUUUAACCUGUGGGCGGGAUGGUGAGCCUGAACCAAUGCAGAAGCUGCAGGACCUGGUGAACAGAACACCUUGGAAGAAGUGCUGUUUCUCUGGUGACGGAGAGUACAUCUGUGCUGGAUCGGCACGGCAACAUGCACUCUACAUCUGGGAGAAGAGCAUAGGAAACCUGGUGAAGAUUCUGCAUGGCACACGGGGUGAGCUUUUGCUGGAUGUAGCGUGGCAUCCUGUGCGACCAAUCAUUGCUUCGAUAUCCAGUGGGGUUGUAUCCAUUUGGGCUCAGAAUCAAGUAGAAAACUGGAGUGCUUUUGCUCCAGACUUUAAGGAGUUAGACGAGAACGUUGAAUAUGAAGAGAGAGAAUCAGAGUUUGAUAUUGAGGAUGAAGAUAAGAGUGAGCCAGAGCAGACUGGUGGAGAUGCAGCAGAGGAUGAAGAAGUUGAUGUGACAUCUGUGGAUCCUAUUGCUGCAUUUUGUAGCAGUGAUGAAGAAUUUGAAGAUUGCAAAGCCUUGCUUUACCUUCCAAUAUCACCAGAAGUGGAAGAUCCUGAAGAGAAUCCAUAUGGACCUCCCCCUGAGCCAGUGCAAAACCCUGGAAUUGAUGACCUCAACAACCCAGAGAAAAAGAGGCAGGCAUCAACUGAUGGAUCGCAACCACCCAAGAAGAAACCCAAGAUGACUAAUAUUGAACUACAAGGAGUACCAUCUGAUGAAGUUCACCCGUUGCUGGGUGUGAAGGGCGACGGCAAGUCGAAGAAAAAGCAAGCGGGCCGACCAAAAGGAACGAAAGGUAAAGAGAAAGAUUUCAUUAAGUCGAAAGCCUUCAAAGGGGACAGAGGUCAACCUUUGGAAGGAGCAGUGAAGGGCAAGGAGCUGGCGGAAGUGGCCGAGCCACCCGCAGUUAAAGGAUCUUCCACAGCAUUGUUGCGGUGUCUUGGAGAACAGAUGGCACAAGCAGAGUACGGUUUUGGUGAUAGGCAGAGGAGCCGUUAUUUCUGACCUGCUGUGAGGUUGGGAGAAGAUACUCCUUCAUCCCCGCAAUUAUUGUGCUGCCUUCGUACUUUAGUAGGUAUGAUGCAAUAUCCAGAAAGAGUAUGGCUGUUGGUCAGUUUGCAUACCAAAGCCCUAAAGGACCUUCGUGAACCAGGAGACGCUUUCCCUUCCACCCUCCCGAAGAACUGUGGGCCUUGGAAAGUCGAAUCAACUGGACAUCUUGAGCAAUUCACUGGGAAUGCCAAGCUUCUGUCUUCAAAUGUCAUGGAGUAGUGUUGCAUUUCACAUUGUACCAUAACAGAGGGCACUUACAUCAGAAACAUGUGCAAGGUUCAGCAGAGUGCAUAACACUUUUUUUGGGGGGGUUCUCUUAACCUUGUGCAGUUUUGCAUUUGAAGAGUUUUCUAUGAGUAAUUCUUUUAGACUCUGGAAGAUUAUCUGCUUUGAACACUGAUUAGUCUGGUGCACUGUAAAGACCCAUGCAGUCCAAUUUCUAAGGAUGAAUCUCUCUCUACUCCAUCACUCAUUUUUUUUUAAAUAACAAAUUUGUAGUAAUUUCUGGAUGCCUUGGUGUUUAUAUUUCUAAGCUUUUGUAUUGUUAAUCUGAUGACUAGCUGACGAUGAAAGGCUAAAUGUCAUAGAUUUUGUUCUUUGUGCACGGGCUGGGCUGAUAAUACUGUUUCGGACUGCGACUGAUACCUUUAUUGAACUGGAGUUGAGGUGGAUAUUGUCAUUUCUGAGUUUCUAUUGCCUCCAUGUUCUCUUGAAGUCUAAAUCAUCCACUUAGCAGCUGUGUGGUGUCCUCUGCUGCUUGCAACAGAUUUGGUCCUACCCCGAACAUGGGCAGGCUCAACCUAACCAGACACUGUCAAAAUGCUGUCACCUACCUCUCGGGUCCUCUGGAACCUGAAAUUUUUCAGUUUUCUCUGUAAUUCUCUGGCAGGAGACUAGCUGAUUCGCAAACAGUAAAGAUCGGUUACACUUGGUCUGCUGCUUCUAAUAGGUGAAGGAGUGAUUGUCCAGUAGACCCAGGGAAGUGAGAUAUAACUGCCUCCCGUAAGGCAUGUGUUGCUCUCGUCUUUGGGAUCCAAGACUGCUGAGCUGAAAGUUGGCUUUCUAACCUUGGGAGGGCAAAGAGGUCUUUGCCCCUCACAACCUACGAGUGAGGAUUAAUGCCAUGGAUUAUAAUGGAAUGGUAAAUGCCAGAGGUGUGUCCAUGCUUAUAUGGCCUUCUCACUGCCCUUGCAAUCCUUGGUGGGUUCAUUAUUAGAAGGCCCACCAGGGUUCUGGCCUGGGUGUCAUACUACAGUGUAGAGAACAAGGAAAACUGACCAGAAACGUAGAUACGAGGAAUCUGGUUGAGAUGGGAUAGCCUGUCAAAGCUGUGAUUUAGUUUUGAUUUCAUGUCCAAAAAGAAAAGCUUGACUCUUCUAAUUGUUCUCAGUAAAUUAGACCCCGCACGGUUUUCUCAAUUGUUCAGCCUUGCAGAUAGAGGAAUGGGUAAAUGAGAAUUGUUGCUUACAGUUGAAAAAUUCUAUGACUUUAUAUAUAAUUAUAAAUUUGGGCAGCUUCUCAGAGCCACAUGUCACAGCUAAUGAAUGGCUUGCAGGUGUUUACACAUGUGGUAUUCCUCCUCUUCCCCAUCCCAUACACAAAACAAUAUAAAGAUCCCGUGCACACGACACCUAAAACACCCUGCUCCCCCCUCUCAGGUUACCUGCUCUGGUCUUUCCUUUGGCCAUACUGGUCGUCGUUUAAUGAUUCUUUAUUUUUUUUCUUGAUCCUGGUCUAUUUAUUCAAUGCAAAAUAACAUGCACAGCUGAAGGUGCAAAAGACAUGCCCCAGAUUGCAUCUUCAGAACUCCUUGGUGUAAAAACCUGAGUCUAAGUAGGAUUUUCUCAAGAUUUAGUAUCUGCAUUCUUCACAACACUGCAGCCAAGAAUUGAACUGUGGCUCUGUGCUUCUGUCCCUGUAAUAGCUUAAUUCUGUGAUGCCAUUUCAAAAUUUCCACCUUCCACUUCUCUGAUUGAUCUCUUGUGGUAGGGAGGAGUUCCCUUCUGGAGCCCUCAUCUAUCAUGGAUACCACAAACAGAGAGGGAAAAAAAUGGAAUAAAAUGUAACACUUUAUUUUUAAAAAUUGUGGUUUAACACACACCCUUUCUGAACUAGUCUGUGCUGGCGUUUAUGCUCCAAACAAGCCUCCUUCCAUCCUUUUUCAUUCAACCCCAUCUCCAUUUCCUUCAGUUCCUUAUUCCUUGUGUUUGUCAAGCUUUUCCUUAAAUACGACUUUGUUAAUCUCCUCAGUACUCACUGCAGGAGCAAAUACUACAUUCACACCAGCCUCUCUCUCCUUAUCCUGUUCUAAUUUAUCACAAUCCUUACUUCUGCAAGCCUGAUUUAAUGAUAUCUAGAGGCUUGGCCUAUAAUAAUGCAACAGAAUGGUCUGGGAUUGAGACUAUUUAGUUUUCGUCCCACAUAGAAGUAAGCGUGUUAAAAGGUAUCUUAUUUCAAUGCAGCAGUCCAGUUACUUGCUUUGUAACUUUUAUUUAAUUUGCAAAAAAAAAGUUCUUGAAGACUCCUACAGAAUUGCCCUAAAAGCUUGGUUUUUUUUGUUAAACAGUUAGAUGGUGGUAUAGGGAAAGAAAUCCUUACAACUCUUAACAGCACAACUAUUCCAGAUUUCAGUACAGUUAGGUGUUGUGAUCUUCUUGAUGAGUUCUUCAGAGAAUGGACAGCAGUUCUAGAUUUGUCCUCUGACACCACCAACUCACAGCUGGACUGCUUUACCUUCUCCUGAUGUGUUGUAUUCUGAUGCUGCAGUGAACCCUCUCUGCGCUGGUAAGAAAUAGCUUCAUAUAAACCCUACAGUCACUGGUUUUAUUAAAAGCAGUUGUUGUUGUACCACCUCUUCCAUUUGGGUCAGGUUAUUUCAUAAUUAUCCUUUUUAGUGUUGAUAGAAUAAAACCUGCUCAGUCCUCUGCUGCAUUCAAACUGAACAGGUUGAUAAUAUGUUUUGCGUGGAGGAUUUGAGUGAUUCGGGCAGUGUGGUAUUUGGUAACUAAUGCCGCUGUACAGAACAUGUAGAAGAAUAGUUUGAGCAAAUGUGCAUACAUUUUUUUAUUCCUGUAAAUAAUAAACAUUAAUCUGGUUUUAAAUGUGUUUAGUCAAUUUUAAACAAAUUUGUUAAAAAUGUAUUGACAGGAAGUUGAGAUGAAAUAAGAAUAUAAUAAGUAGAAGACAGAAAAAAUGUUUUCCUGCGUUCCUCAAAAUCCUGGCUGAUCUUUACCUCUGCAUCUACCAUCAAACCCCUUCAUCUACCAUCAAACCCCUUAUCAAUUUAGUCUGUUUCAGUGAGAGCAGGGUUCGGUCCUGAUCUCUGGCUCUGUCUGCAUGGAGUUUCCACAAUGUCCCUGUGAUCAUUUGGGUUUCCUCUGUGUGCUUUCGUUUGCUCUCACAUCCGAAAGAUGUAUGGGUCGGUAGGUUAAUUGGUCACUGUAAGUUGUGUAGUAGUGGGUAGGCGAGUGGUGGAAUCUGUUGAUGGGAAUAUGGGGAGGGAAAAAAUCGGCUAGAGUUAGAUUCGUGUAAAAAUUGUGCUUGGUGCUCAGUGUGGACUCAGUGGGCUGAAGAGCUUGCAUUGCUAUGUGACUAUGGCCUCUAAUUCUUCUACCUGUGGAGAGUCUUGGCCUAGUCUGCUUACUCUUGCCUCACUCUAAACCUGUCAUCCCCGGAAUCAAUCUGAUGAAUCUUUGCUGCUCUCUCACUUCCGUAGGUAGGGAGAUGAGACCUGUGCACAUUAUUCCAGACGUGGUCUCACUAGCGUCCUAUAUAAUUGGGCAAGACAUCUGUACUCUUGUACCCAAAUGUUCUUGCAAUAAAAGCGAGCAUAUCAUUUGCUCCCCCCGUGCCCCCCUGCCAAAUGCUUGGUGUGCCUGCAUAUUAACUUUCAUUGACUGGGUGCCAGGUUGAUGUACUUAUGUAUGGCAUGAGCUGUCUGGAUGGCAGGCAAACAAAAGCUUUUCACUGUUUCCUGGUACAUGUGACAAUUAUAAACCAAUACCAGUUUCCUGUGAACACCAACACCUUUCAACCUCUCACUAGCCAACAAUGCAUUGCUUUUCUAUAUUUUCCCCAUGAAAGUGGAUGACCUCACAAUUUUCCACAUGAUAUUCCAUCUGCCACUUCCUUGUCCAUUCACUAAUACACUUCCAAAUCAUUGGCUAAGAAGAAUUGUGACUAGGAAUGCUUACUGGGUCCAUUCCUACUUCACUAGUUUACAUCCAAAAGGCUCAAUGCUUUGACUUGCACAAUGUAAAUGUCAUAUAGCUUUUUCUAAUUUCUGUAACUCAGUCCAUUUCCCAGUUAGUUCAAUCCUCUGUUUCCUUCUGGCCACUGUCCUUUAUCUCUCCUUGUCCCCAGCAGUGUUUUAUUAACUCUGGGGAGAAAAAAAAUACUGAUUUUCAGUUAAUGCUAUAGGCAAAGUAUUUUUGUUUAGUUGGGCAAAUGGCUGGAGUUUCCAAAUAUCCAAGUUAGGGUUAGAUUUCAUGGUUAUAAAGAUGGAAGAGUUUUCAGGGACGAAGAUAUGAAAGGCUAAGGAGAGAUUUGAAAAUAUGGUUGAGAAAUUUAAAAGCUAGGCAUUGCCAGACCAGGAACAGUGUAGGCCGACCAGGUCAGUUGUGUUAGCUUAACUGGACAUGGUGAGGCAGGGCACAUGGUAAGUUCAGUGAUACUAAAAGAUCAGUUUUAGUGUGAAAUACAGAAAUGUUAAACAGGGAAAUUUUCUGCCUUGCUUAUGCUAUCUUUCCACGGACCAGUUCUCACAUCAGUUUAAAUAGAUAUUUCAUCAGGAAGGUCAUUGGGCCAUUGUGAUGAAACACCAGCAUUGUUUUGCUGGAAGGUGAUUUUGAGGAGGGUGAAUAAAGCUCUGAAACAUUAAGAUUUUCACUUUUCUUGUUUGGCAUAUGGUUAGUAACCACACAGCAUGGGAUUUGAAGCAUUUGAAACUUGAUUGAACAGGAUAAGUAACUAGGUACCUCCUUAAUCAGACUGCAGGAUGGUGCUAUUAUUAGCAAAUGAACUGAGAAGGGAAUGUAAAUUGGGGUAGUUGAUUUCAGAAGAGAUGGAAUGAGAGACCAAGAGAAAGAUGAUGUAAAAUGUAAAUAACAUUAAAGAUCAAUAAUUAAAACCCAAAAGAAUAAGACUUAACAUUGGUAUUAGUUAAUAUUGUCACUUGUUAAAAAGCUAGUUGUGGUGAGUUCAGUUUGUAUCUCAAAAUAAACUCGCACAUGCAUGCUGCACAAUGUACUUCAAUAUUGAGGCAGACUAAGAUUCCAUUUUCCUGAUUAAGGUUUAAACAGUGCACUUGGACACCAACAUCUUGAUAUUCACCCCUUACCUGAAGCAAGUGCACUAUUUGAACAUAAUUGUGAGCAGCAUUGGCCUACUAGUUACUUUGACAUCAAAUUCUGGACCAUUGUACAUCUGAAACCUUACUGAUGUUGCCGUUGUGUAAGCUCACC